UAAAAAACAAACCGUAACAACAACAGAAAUAUGAUAGCCUCACUUUAACGGUACUUACUGCAGUAAUUUUUCAGUCUGCUUGAAAUUCCCAAUAAAAAUGGCCAGCUUCUUAAAGGAUUUAAGUGCCGGAGCCAAAGAAGUAGCGGAAAAAGCUAAAAUCAAAAGUGCUGAACAGGCCAUUUUAACACCUAUGGCACAUUUAUUGCUGCAAGAAAGUUCACCACAUGAUAUUUAUGUUUUGAAAUCCUCAGCGGCCAAAAUGGUGGCAAAAGAGCAGAUCAAGGUUUCAGAUCUUUUAAGUCUACCCUAUAACAUGAAGUGGUGCCGUUUAAGUUUUGGCUGCAAGGCUUUAGAUAAAUGUACCCAUGGCGGUAUUGUCACUCGAGGCAUUACUGAAUUUUGUGGCAUUUCGGGUGCCGGCAAGACCCAGCUACUUUUACAGUUGUCUUUGACUGUACAACUGCCUCAAGAAUUGGGAGGUUUAGCUGGUGGUGUUGCAUUUAUUUGCACUGAGGAUUCUUUUCCUUCCAAACGUUUAUUUGAAAUGUCCAAAACUUUUGCAAAGAUUUAUCCCUCGCUGGAUAUUAACUAUUUGGCCAAUGUUCAUGUGGAACAUGUCUUGCAAAGCGAACAACUUUUGAAAUGUGUUUCCGAACGUUUGCCAACUUUGAUGUCUUCGGUACGUAUUGGCUUAAUUAUUAUUGACUCUGUUGCUGCUGUAUUUCGUACUUUUACAAAUUAUAUUGAGCGUGCUAAAGAUAUGCGUAAAUUGGCAAAUUAUCUACUACAUUUAGGAGAUAAAUAUAAUUGUGCCGUGAUUUGUGUUAAUCAGGUGGCCACGGUCAGUGACAAAGAGCCUGAAGUACCAUGUUUGGGUCUAUCCUGGGCCCAUUUGGGUCGUACUCGUAUGCGUAUCAGUAAAAUACCCAAACAAAUACAACACCAUGACAAGCUGUUAACUGUGCGUAAAUUAGAAAUUCUUUAUUCCCCCGAAACACCCAUAGAAUAUGCGGAAUUUCUAAUAACCGAAGAGGGAGUUUUUGAUGUGCCUUAA